ACCCAGGGGGGAUGUAACCUCCGGGCACCAUGUGUCUCAAGCGCAUUCACCCUGCGGUGCACGUGCCCCCUUAUAUAAAGCCACGUAAUCGGGCGGAAUGGCGAGCCAGAUGCUGAUGUUGGUGGUGUUCGUGGUGCUGGCGAUGGUGGUGGGAGUUGCGAGCGAGAUCUAAUGGUCCUGAGCAAUUUCUGGUAGCCACUGCAGCAACACCAGAAGAGAGAGAAAGAAAGAGAGAGGCUCGAAUCUUAUCUCCACCCUAGCCCCAAGUGUCUCCGUGCCCUUCUUCUUCUUCUUCUUCUUCAAGUCUUUUCGUCUGAACCAGGGUUAAACAGAACAGCCCCAAUGGGAGAGGAGGAGAAGAAGCCAAAGGCUCAGGAGGAGGCCAAGAAGCCGGAGGAAGCGAAACCGGAGAAGAAGCCCGAGAAAGCGGCCGAUGAAGAGAAGGGAGAGAAGAAGGCGGAGGAAUCUAAGGACCCGCCUCCUCCUCCGCCUGAGAUAGUGCUCAAAGUGUACAUGCAUUGCGAGGGCUGUGCUCGCAAGGUCCGCCGGAGCCUCAGCGGCUUCGAUGGAGUGGAAGAGGUGACGACGGACUGCAGGACGCACAAGGUGGUGGUGAAGGGAGAGAAAGCAGAUCCGCUCAAAGUGUUGGAGAGAGUGCAGAAGAAGAGCCACCGACAAGUGGAGCUUCUCUCCCCUAUUCCGCAGCCACCUGCUCCGGAAGAGAAGAAGCCUGAGGAGAAAGAAGCCCCCAAGCCCGAAGAGAAGAAAGAAGAGCCGCCGCAGGUGAUCACGGUGGUGCUCAGCGUUCACAUGCAUUGCGAGGCCUGUUCUCAGGCAAUCAAGAAACGCAUCCUCAGGAUGAAAGGGGUGGAAUCUGCUGAGCCAGAUCUGAAGAGCUCGCAGGUGACGGUGAAGGGGGUUUUCGAGCCACCGAAGCUGGUGGAGUACGUGCACAGGAGGACGGGGAAGCACGCGGUGGUAGUGAAGCAAGAGCCAGAGAAGAAAGAGGAAGAGAAGCCCAAAGACGCCAAGGAAGAGAAGAAGGCGGAGGAAGGAGGAGGGGACAAGAAGAGCGAGGGAGAGAGCAAAGACAAGAAGGAAGGCGACGCCGCCGCCGAGCCCAAGGCGGAGGCCGCCGAAGAGGGCAAGGUGGUGGAGAUGAAGAAGCAAGAGUACUAUUACCAUCCACACUUGUACUCUGCCCCGAGAUAUAUGCCCAUGCCCAUGGAUUUCUACGCACCUCCGCCUCAGCCUCUGCCCCCGCCUCCGCCACCAUACUAUUACAAUCAACCUCUAAUGGCUGCACCGUACAAUCCCUACGCUCAGACGUACCCUCCCCCUCCCCAGAUCUUCAGCGAUGAGAACCCUAAUGCCUGUUCUGUCAUGUAAAAACAGGGACACCCCGAGGGUAGAAAUGGGAAAUGAACCUUCCCCAUCCCCCCCCUCCCCCCAAACCUUGUCCUGGUCCAUGCUCUGCAUGUGCCCUGUCCCCUGUCCUGUGUUUAAAGGCAUAAAAUCUACAGAUUAAGAUGUAGAGUUUUGUUGUACUCUCUUCUUUUUGUACUACCCUUUUCCUUUCUGCCCCCUCCCUCUCCCUCUCUCUCUCUCUCUCUAUAUAUUAUAAAAAGAGAAGUUAAAUGUCAUGUUAACAUAGAAAAAUAAUAGCACCAUGACAUGAAAUACAGAAUUCUGAACCUUUUUGGGA